UCGAUCGAUCGGUAGUUUGUGCUCGACAGUUUCAGUUUCAGUGUCCGGUCAAUCAUGCCCGCGAGCCUCAAAGUGGGCCUGCUGCAGUUAAAGGGUUGCCCGACCAAGCAGGAAAGCAUUGCAAAUGCGAUCGCUCAUAUCCGGCUGGCCAAGGAUCGGGGUGCCCGGUUGAUCAUACUGCCCGAGUGCUUCAACUCUCCGUACAGCUGCAGUGAGUUUGGACGCAAUGCCGAGGCAAUACCGCAGGGUGAGACGAGCCAGGCGUUGGCAAAAGUGGCGGCGGAACUGGGUAUCUAUCUGGUCGGUGGCAGCUAUCCGGAGAAGGACGGUACGAAGCUCUACAACACGGCACCGGUGUUUGGACCCCAGGGGCAACUGCUGUGCAAGUACCGCAAGAUGCACCUGUUCGACAUGGACAUCCCGGGGAAGUGUACGUUCCGUGAGUCAUCCGUUUUGAGCCCUGGCGAGGGGUUGGCAACGUUCACGAUCGAUUCGCUCAAGAUUGGGCUCGGGAUCUGCUGGGAUAAGCGGUUCGCCGAGCUGACGGCCUGUUAUCGGCAGCUCGGUUGUGAUAUGAUGAUCUUUCCAUCGGCUUUCGAUCCGUACACGGGACCGUUGCACUGGGAUCUGCUCGGAAGGUCCCGUGCCCUGGACAAUCAAAUGUUCGUGGCGCUAGUGUCCCCAGCACGGGAUCCAACGACCGAGUACGUCGCCUACGGCUACACGUUGCUGUGCGAUCCCUGGGGAAGAGUACUGUGCCGUGCUAAGGAAGAGCAGGAGAUGUUGAUCACCGAUAUCGAUCUAAGCGUGUGUGAGCAAAUUAAGCGACAGAUUCCAGUGCUGAGUCAGAAGCGGGCUGAUGUGUACGAGCUAAAGUUGAAGAAAUGAUGUGCGUUGGGCUUCUGGGAGGCGGUCGGAUUGCUGAGCCUUUCAACUAUCGAAGCAAAACGAAUAAAAAGCAUAAAAAACCGA